AUGGCUGCUCCAGCUGUCGAAAACGCCGCCGUUUCGGCUCUCCGGUCGGUCAUGCUCCGAUUCCGGCAGGCUGCGGAGCGGUCAAGUCGGAAUCCGGGUCAGGUGAGGGUAGUAGCUGUGUCGAAGACUAAACCCGUUUCUCUCAUCCGCCAAGUAUACGAGGCCGGCCACCGUCGUUUUGGCGAGAAUUACGUCCAGGAAAUCCUAGACAAAGCUCCUCAGCUUCCUGAAGACAUAGAAUGGCAUUUUGUUGGGCAUUUGCAGAGCAACAAAGCGAAAUUGCUUCUAGCUGGAGUCCCGAAUCUGGCCUUGGUUGAGGGCGUAGACAAUGAGAAGAUUGCAAACCAUCUUGAUCGAGCAGUGUCAAACCUUGGUAGAAAUCCUUUAAAGGUUUUGGUCCAAGUAAAUACCAGUGGAGAAGUAUCCAAAUCUGGUAUCGAUCCUUCUGGUUGUGUUGAACUUGCAAAACAUGUCAAAUUUCGGUGCCCAAAUCUAGAGUUUUCUGGCUUAAUGACAAUAGGGAUGCCAGACUACACAUCAACUCCAGAAAAUUUCAGGAUGCUAUCAAAGUGUAGAGCUGAGGUCUGCAAGGCACUUGAUAUGGCAGAGGAGCACUGUGAGCUAUCAAUGGGCAUGUCUGGUGACUUUGAACAAGCGAUUGAAAUGGGCAGCACCAAUGUCAGAAUUGGAUCCACCAUAUUUGGGCCAAGGGAUUAUGCUAAGAAGCAACCAGAUUAG